AUGUCGGUUGUUGGAGUGACCAGCUGGCACAGAAGACAUGUCGAGAUGCUCAAUGUUAUCGUUUGGGUCCCCAGGAGAUUCUUUGUUGAUACUGCACAAGACUCGGGCUUGGUCGAAGGUUGGUAUCAAGAUAUGAUCGACCACCCAUCUUUGUUGCAGUGGGAGAUUAGGCCUAAUGCCAGUGUCAAGAUAUACGAGACUGGAAUUUUGCGAUCAAGCGAGAGACCAUGUAACCUUCCAAUCAAGGCGGUGAUGGAUAUCGCGCCUGAAGAUGGUGAUGUAGCAGCUUUCGCGGGAGAGCUCCAACCCGGGCUCGUGCUCGUGCCGGAGAAGGAAGUUCGCGUCGCAGUAUCACUCUGCAAGAUCGCUUACGUCCGUAGCGGCGUGAGUCUCCAGGGUGCGCAUGAACCUCAUUCGAACGAGAUGGUGUUGCGCAGUGUUGAUACUUUGGAUAAUAGCGAAAGGAUAGAGUUUCCUCCCACGGAGACGGUUGGUUCACCGUUGUACAGUCACCGCACGAGGAUCAACUCAUGCGCCCGGUUUGAGUCAGAAGCGAACCUGAGUUGA